AUAGGUCCAUACUAAUGUUUGGGCCGAUUGUUAAACGGGCAUUUCGCAAACAUUUCUGCAAAUUACUACGUACAAAUUUUACUGACCAAGUGACCAUUGAGUAAAAGAAAAAAAAAAAAAAAAGGAAAAAAGGAAAAAAGAAAAAAGAAAAAAGAAAAAAACAGUAGCAGAGACAGAAGAAAACUUGAAAAUUCAGCAUUUACAGAAAACACAAGCUUUCUCUCUCUUCUCAAACUUUGAAAGUAAGGGAGGAGAGAGAGAGAAAACCUGGAGAAUUUUUGUUCGUCAUGCGAUCGAAACCUGUAUUAAACCCAAUCACAAUAACAAUCAUGCUAUCAAUUUCAAUCUUCUUCCUUCUCUUCUUUUCUGGAUUCUUCCAAUUUUCAUCUUAUGCUUCUCCUUCUCUUAAUGACCCAUCAAUCAAAUCAAGUAAACCCGACCCGUUUACCGACUUGUUGAGUGCGUUCAGAAAAUGGGAUUCUGAAGUUGGUUGCCCGAAAUUUAGAGAAAAGUUUGAGAAUUGGGGUUUUUCAAAUGCUUCAAAUUCGUUGCAAUUUAGUGAUUUGGAAGGAGGAAUUGAGUGUGGAAAAGAGUUGAAAUUGAAGCAUGUGAAUGUGUUGGUUAAAGGGUGGACUUGGAUUCCUGAUAAUUUGGAGAAUUUGUAUGAAUGUAAAUGUGGGUUAAGCUGUUUUUGGACUAAAUCUUCUGUUCUUGCUGAUCCUCCUGAUGCCCUUUUGUUUGAAACCACUACUCCUCCUUUGCAGAGACGCAUGGGUGACCCACUAUGCAUCUACAUGGAUCUUGAGGCUGGUAGGAGACGGUCAGGACGUGAGGAUAUUUUUAUUAGCUAUCAUGCCGAGGAUGAUGUGCAGGCAACAUAUGCUGGAGGCCUUUUUCACAAUAAUCGUAAUUACCAAGUGUCUUCUCAAAAGAAGAAUGAUACUCUUGUAUACUGGUCAUCAUCUCGUUGCCUUCCUGAUAGAAAUGAUCGUGCCAAGAGACUUCUUGCCUUAUUACCUCAUCAUUCUUUUGGGAAGUGCUUAAACAAUGUUGGUGGCCUGGACAAGGCACUUUCUAUGUAUCCAGAAUGUAUGAAGGACCCUACCUCUACUCCGAAAUGGUGGGAUCAUUUACAUUGUGCCAUGUCUCACUACAAGUUCGUCCUUGCUAUUGAGAACACUAUGACCGAGAGCUAUGUCACUGAGAAACUAUAUUAUGCCCUUGAUGCUGGAUCUGUUCCGAUCUAUUUUGGGGCACCAAAUGUAUGGGACUUUGUGCCCCCACAUUCGAUAAUAGAUGGUAGUAAGUUUAGUUCAUUAGAGGAACUAGCGUCUUACAUCAAGACACUUGCUAACGACCCUGGUGCUUAUGCGGAAUAUCAUGCUUGGAGAAGAUGUGGUGUGCUUGGUAACUAUGGAAAGACUCGUGCAACGAGCAUUGAUACGUUACCCUGCCGCUUAUGUGAGGCCGUUAGUAGACAGGGUGGAAGGAGUGCCAAAGCUUAGUGAUUUGCUGAUCAUCUCCAAUGGUGGGGAGACAUCUGCUGAUUUUUUUCCUUUAAAUUUUGGAAUUUAGAAUUUGCUGUAAAUAUAUGUCCAUUUGUUAGGUGUUAAAGGGAAUACGAAUAGGUUGUAUGAUUUUGAGAAAUACUAUAUUCAUUGUAGUGAGAAUGGAAGUCACUAGAUAAAAAAUUUUUGGUUGUCUUUUUGGAAUUUCUUCGCCUUCAAUUACUUCACCUUAUAAUGGCCUAUGUUUGGUGGCCUGACCUGUGUGUUGAUUAGAUUUGCCUUGUUUAUAAGUUUGUAAGUUGUAACUAUCUUGAAACAAACAGCUAUGAAUCAAGAACAAGUUUUGA